AUUAAAUUUGCACCCAGCAAAAGUGCCCGUGGAAUGGUUUUGUGAACGCCACUGCACAGAAGUCUGACAUGGGGUUUACUGAUCUUCUAAACGACGCUGGCGGGUUUGGACGCUUCCAGAUUAUCCAUGUCGUUUUGCUCUCAAUCCCGAGUCUUCUGAUGGCCAGUCAGAAUUUACUCAAUAACUUCACUGCAGGGGUUCCGCGACAUUAUUGUAAAAUACCGAAUGUUACGGCUCUCGCAGGCGCUUCCAACAAUUCUGUGACUGAACAAAACAUAGUUUCUUUACUCCCCGCGUUCAUUCCACUGGAGGGUUCUGGAUUAUCGAAAUGCACCAGAUAUGUUCAUGCACAAUGGCACCUUCUUGGUGAAAAUAUUAGUCACCAUGGACAACACACAAAUGUGACUGAGACCUGUGUUGAAGGGUGGACAUAUGAGAAGACUGAUUUUCUCUCAACAAUAGUGUCUGAAUGGGAUUUGGUGUGCAGUCUCCGGCCAAUGAAACAGCUCUGCCAGACCAUCUACAUGGGUGGAGUGCUGACAGGUGCCAUUCUGUUCGGCGGACUGUCCGACAGGUUUGGACGUAAGGUCAUGCUCCUCUGGUCGUAUUUCCAGCUGGCUGUACUGGGCACCUUCACAUCUCUCUCCACAUCUUACCUGGCCUACUGCAUUUUCCGUUUUCUGACAGGAAUGUCCGUGUCGGGGGUCAUCCUCAAUGCCUUCUCUCUCAAGGUGGAGUGGAUCCCCACCAGGCACCGCACCAUGGUUGGCACCAUGUCCUCCAUUGUCUUCACCUUUGGUCAGGUGAUCCUGGCAGCUGUGGCCUACAGCCUGAAGGACUGGCGUCUGCUGCACGUGGCCGUCUGUAGCCCCUUCUUCCUCGUCUUCCUCUACAGCUGGUGGUACUCUGAGUCGGCUCGUUGGCUCCUGUUGGUCGACAGGCCCGAGGAGGCACUGCGUCACCUCCAGCGAGUGGCCAGGAUCAACGGAAGACCUGAGAUGGCAGACAAGCUCACUCUCCAGGUACUCCAGUCCCAUAUGCAGAAUGAAAUGCAGUCCCCCAGGACGGACCGCACCGCCUACGACCUGCUACGUACCCCAGUCAUGAGGAGAAUCUCCAUGUGCCUGUUGGUGGUCUGGUUCUCAACCAGUUUUGCAUAUUAUGGUCUGGCCAUGGACUUGCAGAAGUUUGGUGUGAACAUCUAUCUGAUGCAGGUCAUAUUUGGGGCAGUGGAUUUCCCUGCUAAACUGGGUGUCCUGGCAAUGCUCAGUUUCCUGGGUCGGCGCGUCUCCCAGGCCAUGUGUCUCUUGGCCUCAGCAUCUGUGAUAUUCGCCAACAUUUUUAUCCCUAAAGACAUGCAGAUCAUAAGGACAACACUUGCUGUGCUUGGGAAGGCCUUCACCUCUGCUUCCUUUACCUGUGUCUACCUUUACACUGGAGAGCUCUACCCUACUGUCAUCAGGCAGACUGGCAUGGGCUUCUGCUCCACCAUGGCACGGGUUGGAUCCAUGGCUGCGCCAGCCUUUCUCAUCCUGGACGAGGUGUUUCCUGCUCUGCCCAGUGUUGUGUAUGGCGGCUCUUCACUCUUUGCUGGUAUCGUCGCCUUUAUGCUGCCAGAAACCAUCAGCACUCCGCUGCCUGACACGAUAGAAGAUGUGGAGAAGAAGUGGGCAAGGAACAGCCGAAGCAGUGAGCCACAGAAUGAGGCCAUGCAGUUGGAGGUGGUGGAGCAGGCGACAAAAGAACGUGAAUCUCAUCUCACUUUCCUCUGAGACCUGACAGGAGUCUUGUCUCAAAACCUGAUUCACAACCACAGCUGUAAAAUUCACCUCAAAUGACACCUGCAGUUUGAGAAGAUACAACACAAAGGUGCACCGUGAAGAUUUGUUUAGAUUCUGCAUUAAAUUCUAGAUUUGUGUUCAAUUCUAGAUUUUGAGUUUAAGGUUAGAGCAAGAAUAUUGAUUUUCCAUUUUUCUGUUUCAGCACCUGAACCUAUCUACUUGAUAGAUAGAUAGAUAGAUAGAUAGAUAGAUAGAUAGAUAGAUAGAUAGAUAGA